UAAACAAUGGAAUCUACAGGCAUGGAAUGUCCGUUUCCAGCGAUGUGGAGUGUGGACACGCCCGACCAACUUACUGACUUAUAUGAAGAAUGGGGUCCAUCAUAUGAUACGGAUGUAAACCGGAUAAAUUACAAAGCGCCAUUACUGGUAUCUAAUGCUUUGGCUGCAUUAUACCCACGAGAGCGUCAGAGUUUAAAGAUUUUGGACGUAGGGGCUGGAACUGGUUUAGUAGGUGUGGAGUUACAAAAGCUUGGAUUUGGUGACGUCGACGGACUGGAUCCAUCCGAGCUGAUGUUGAAGGAAGCACGUGCUACUAACACAUACAAUAAUCUGUACUGUGAAUACUUCACAUCUAAACCGACUCCAGGUCUAGACCAAGACAGUUAUGACGUCAUCAUUUCUGCCGGCUCGUUAAUUGCAGGACACCUACCGACUGAUUGUUUCAUUGAAGCUGUAAGACUUGUAAGGAAGGGUGGAAUUAUUUGCAUAAUAACUCGAACAGAAGGCAAAGGAAGCUUCAACGAAGCUGGCUACGGGGACAAAUGUAAAGUCGUCCUUAAACAACUACAGGAUGAGGGGGAACUGGAGGAAAUCCAAUGGGAGAAAGUGAAUUAUUACGCAUCAAAUGCUGGAGUUAUAAUGACAUAUAGAGUGUUGUAAUGAUCUGUGUGGGAACCUAAUGUACUAUAAGGACAGGGCAAUGUAUGUAAUGCAGAAGACCUCUAUAUAAAACACCAUUGUUGUAUAUUCGACAUCGUUUGUCUUUAACUGAACUGUUGAAAAGAAUAUCUAAUACCCGAGUACAGGAAUGUAAUUUUAUCAUUUUGAAAUAACCUAUUGGUAACAUGAAAAUGAUGUUUUUCGUAACAUUGACACCCACUUGUCUUGGAAGGACCUAACUGGAGAUACGUAACGAUAAAAGCUGAUAUCAGUAUUUGUCCGCUGUUAUCUCUCUAUAGUAAAUGACGAUGAUAAAACCAUCACAAUGUCACAGAUACAUGUAUCGAAAAGCCCAUACAAAAUUCAUCGUCCUCUAUCCCUUUGCCAAAAUGUGUUUUUCAUUAAAGUGAAAACAUCAUACAGAAUAACCAAAGCAUUCAUCUUCUUGCUGUCAUACGUCAUUAUGGUGUUUCUCUUUCAAAUCGAAUAAUUCCAGGCUUGUCAUAAUUGAUAGUGAAAUUCAUUUGUAUCGUAAUGAUAACGCAGAUCAAAGCUAAAUCUCUUUUAAAGACUCAUUCAUUGAAGGUUGCAAUUACUAUUUUGUUAUGCUUAGAAAUGCAUGAUAUUUUUGCGAUCUUACCGUGCCCUUUAUUACACAUACCACAAUGACAAUGCUGUCUUUUCCAAAAGAAAGAAGAAGCGAGAUUUAAAAAAAAACCAUAUAAAAGGUCCUUAAGAGAAAAAUAUGUUCAGCAUUUCUAUUGGGCGAAACAUGGGAACAAUACAUUUUUCUAUACUAUUCAGUUUCUUUUUUAAACUAGUACGAGCAAUUGCUUAAGGAAGAGUCAAUGAUGUUCCAUAGGUGCAUGACAUCAUGUUUGGGGUAACAUUAAGGUGGCCCAUGUUAGUAGCCCGCAAUAACGUUAUCGAAUAGCCUUUCAGAAUUUUAUCGUAUGUUACUGUCAUCGCGUGGUUUGAUUCAUGAUAGUAGCUAUCUAAAAGUACUUUUUUAUUUUGGCAUUUCACCCCAAAGGCAAUACUAAGCUUGAGAUCCAAGUCUUUGAAAUUUGUAUCUCAAAGUAUUGCAUCUAAGGCAUGUUUUGUGUUACUAUUCAAUUAUUAUGAGGGAGAAAAGGAUUUCCCUAAAACAAUUAAGAUGCAUUUCUGUUUUAAUAGGAAAAAAAUAUUUCAAAGAACUGGGCAAAUACAUUUUGAUUCCCGACUUAUUUACUGCGUAGGUGUCGCACUGUAUACUAGAUAAAUGUGUGUAUACUGAUGUGCUUUCUAAUCAACUCACCAAACAUUGUUAAUACUAGCACUAUGUUUCUCUAACCAUCAAAAC